AACUAUAAUUAAUUAACUGUGCUACAAAAAUAAGUAUAUGUACAUGGGCAUACAUAUAUUUGUGUAAAAAUGUAUUGCCAUAAAAUCAAUAAAGCGUCUCAUAAUCUUUAACAAAAAGUGAAAAAGAAAACAACAACAACAACAAAAUCGCAUCCAAACAACUUAAAUAGCCACUUCAACCGCUCCACGCACCAAAUCAAAGAAAACAAUAAUCGGCGCUUAAACGGCUUAAGGUGAAGUGAUUGAACUCCAGUAUCUAUUUUUAAACAAACAUUAAAUAAAAAUUUGCGUAAAGUUUAUCCACACAAAAAACAUAUUUAUAUAUUUAUGCAUAGAUACAGCCAGCACCGACAACAGAUUUUCCGCCAACGAAUUGGAAAAUCCAUAAAAACGACAUAAAUCCACUCAACUCAACUCACACCGAGCCAUCGGCAUAAAAUCCAUAUGAGCUAAGCUAUUGCAAAAGCAUAACAACAGCAACAACAAUCCCGUCACAUACACGUAACACUUGAAAGGAGAGCAUUAAAAAUAUAUAUAUAAGAACAACAACUACUUUGUGUAAUCUCAAAAAAAAAAAUUAAAAAAUAAAAAAAAAAAAUAAAAAAAAUUCAAAACAAAAAAAAAAACAACCACAAAAAUACUCAACACACAGCAUCCAGCCUGAUAAAAAGUAAGCUACAUAUAACUCGAACCUUCUCGGCAUUCAGCCGCUCGAACAACACCUCAUUCUCAGCAAAAGAAAUGAGCGCAUAAAGUGUAUCCUUGCUGAGUAUUUGUUUAUCCUGUUCAAUCCAAUAAACAGUCAUAAAACCAGUUAUAUGCUACAUACAGGCACGUUUAACAAGUGCCACAGUAAGGUAAAACGGCAGAAUAGUUGCUACAAGGAGAGCCAGGAUACUUGGUGAACAAGUGUUUAGAGUAGCGAAGGCAACAAAGUGAGCACGUGAGUGAGUAGCAGUGGUGAACACAAAAAAUUGCUUUGUGGAUGUUAAGAGCGCUGAGUAACAGGAGAGAGAGGUAGAGAGAAUACAGCCAGCACAACGUUAGCACAGCGAGAGCGGGACAAUAUCCUUGUGAAAAGAGAAAAGAAAAACAACAGCAAAAAACAGCUUCAAGAUGGGACGUCGCUCUUUUAAUCGCGUUUGCGCUAUAAGUUAUCCAAGUCGUGUUGAGGGUUGGCUAGAUGUUUGUGAAUCCGAGGGCGAACUUACACGAAAACAUAAAACUCUGCCUUGGAGUCCUCUCUACUGUGUACUGCAACAAGAUGAGCAAUCUUUCACAGCAUACUGCAGUGAGGAGAUAUCGUUACUAAACUUUCUAAAAUAUUUUGUUGUGGGAUGGUCCACCUACGUUGCCGGAGGAGCCGGAAGAUUCAGAUACAUGCCCGAUGGAUAUAGCGUUAAACACAACACUCUACAGUGA